AUGAAUGUCUCGGCGACGCUCAGUGUUUUCAGCUUACUACGAAAACCCUCGCUAUGUCUACCUCAUGCUACUGUUCCUACCUUUGAUCGCGUACCAAUUUCUAUAGCUACAGCUCUAACCGCCGCCAAUGGAGGUCAGAGACCUGAUAUCAGAGCUAUUGUACUUGACAAAGAUAAUUGUUUUGCCAAACCCAAAGAAAGUAGUAUCCAUAGCCCAUACAAAAAACAUUUUGAAUCUCUUCGCAAGACAUUCCCUGGCGCUCGUGUAUUGAUAGUCAGCAACUCGGCCGGCACACAAGAUGACCCCGAGGGGAAAGAAGCCAAACUCCUGGAACAGGCCACGGGGGUCAAUGUUUUUAAGCAUUCGACAAAGAAGCCUGGAUGUCAGAUUGCUGUAGUUGGAGAUAGGCUCUUCACAGACAUAAUCAUGGCAAGUACGAUGGGCUCUUGGUCGAUUUGGAUCGAGGAUGGCGUUGUAAAGAAUAAUGGGAUUUUCUCGAGGAUAGAGAAAGGGUUGCUGGGUUUUCUGAUCCGACGCGGCUUCAAGGCUCAAAUCCCAAAGAGUGAUUGA